ACCUUCUUGAAGGACCUUGUGAUGCUGGACGCAGCCUCCAAGGAUGAGCUGGAGAAUGGAUACAUCAGUUUUGACAAGCAGAGGAAGGAGUUUACUGUCCUUUCUGAGCUGAGGCAGCUCCAGAACAAAUGUCGUGGCUAUGACCUCCGACCUGACCCCGAUAUCCAGCGGUGGCUACAGGGGCUCCGGCCACUGACAGAGGCCCAGAGCCAUCAAAUGUCCUGUGAGGUGGAGCCAUCCAGUACCAGUUACCCUCCUGCCCUGCAGGUGCUUCGGCCUACGCUGGUCAUCUCGCAGUGGACAGAGGUGCUGGGUUCUGUUGGAGGUCCCACACCCCUUGUCUCCUGGGACUGGCCCAGUGUGGUGGCAGAGGAGGUGCCUGGAAUCCCCGCUCCACUGCUGACCCGGCUGGCCCAGCACAUGAAGUGGCCGUCUGUCUCAUCUCUGGACUCCGCCCUGGAAAGCACUCCAGCCCUGCAGAGUCCCGCUGAUCCCAGCCACUUCUCUCCCCCAACUUCCUUCCUGAGGCCUUCUCGAGGUCACUGCUGCUCAGCCUCCUGUGGCUCCCCACUCAGUGGGGGUGCAGAAGGGGCCUCCAGGGGGGCUGGAUAUGGGGGAGGGGGGCCUGGGCCAGGGGCUUCUGAUUGCCGCAUCAUCCAAGUCCAGAUGGAGCUGGGGGAAGACGGCAGUGUCUACAAGAGCAUCUUGGUGACAAGCCAGGACAAGGCUCCAAGUGUCAUCAGUCAUGUCCUUAAGAAAAACAAUCACGAUUCUGCGGUGGCUUCAGAGUAUGAGCUAGUGCAGCUGCUCCCAGGGAAGCGAGAGCUGACUUCCCCCCCCUCGGCUAACGUCUUCUACGCUAUGGACGGAGCUUCACUCGAUUUCCUCCUGCGGCAGCGGUGACGGCCCUCCACUGCUACAAUGGGCCAUGCCAGUGGCCCUUCUGCCUCGGGAACUCCCCCAAGUGAGGGAAGAGGGGGUUCUUUUCCCAAGAUCAAGGCCACAGGGAGGAAGAUUGCCCAAGCACUGUUCUGAGAAGGAAGCCCUGUUGGCUCCUAGAACUCAUGGUGGCCGUGCCAGAUGUGGGGAGCCAUCCUGAAUGGUGGCAGUUGCUGCACUGGGAAAAAAUCCAGAAGGAUGGCCAACCACCCUGGGGCAGUGAAGCGCCAGUGGUUUACCAGACAGCCGAGAUCCAGCCCUAUGGGAACUGGUAAUCUUGGUACCCAAGACGGAUACCUGUGUAUAGCUUCCCACUUUCCAUGAAUGCAGCACACAGCUAGUGCUGGAAAAAGGAUGCGUUU